GGUAAGUGUUGAACCAGUAAGAAGUCUGAACCAUUAAGUGCUGAACCAGUAAGAGGUCUGAACCAUUAAGAGCUAGUAUAUUGCUUAACUAUUCAGAGGCAAAUGUCUGAUCAAUUCAGAUAAGAGGUCUUAACCAUUCAGACUCUGUAUAAUACUUAACCAUUCAGAGACAAAUCUCUUAACCAUUCAGACAUCUGAACCAUUAAGAGGCUGAAACAAACAGUCUGAACCAUUAAGUGUUGAAUCAUUCAGACAUCUGAACCAUUAAGAGGCUGNAAUCCUUUUUACGGAGUAAAAUAGAAGUAGAUUUAGGGGCUGUUUGGCAACUUCUGAAUGGGUAAGUGUUGAACCAGUAAGAAGUCUGAACCAUUAAGUGCUGAACCAGUAAGAGGUCUGAACCAUUAAGAGCUAGUAUAUUGCUUAACUAUUCAGAGGCAAAUGUCUGAUCAAUUCAGAUAAGAGGUCUUAACCAUUCAGACUCUGUAUAAUACUUAACCAUUCAGAGACAAAUCUCUUAACCAUUCAGACAUCUGAACCAUUAAGAGGCUGAAACAAACAGUCUGAACCAUUAAGUGUUGAAUCAUUCAGACAUCUGAACCAUUAAGAGGCUGAAACAAACAGUCCCUUAACAUUUAUCCAUAUAGGCUUGGAGAACAAGUCAUGUUUGACCAUAGUUGCCAAACAAGAGCUCCUCGAACAUUCUAUGCAUUCAUUAGCUCAAAUUCCGUUUCCGUUUCAGAUUAUACCCGAAUCUUCUAGAGGAACCCAGACCAACCUCCAUCCCUCUGCAAUAUAUAUCUCUCGUCUCCCUCUCCUUCACCCAAUCCAAUUCAAUCUCAAUCCAUUUCAUCGACGCAGUUAAAGUCCUCUCUGUUGAUCAAUCGUCCAAAGCAAGAUGCCGACCCGCCCGUCUAUCGGAAUAUCGCGAGACUGGGAGCCGGUGGUGCUCCGGAAGCAAAAGCCGAAGGCAUCGGAACUCCGGGACCCAAAGGCGGUGAAUCAGGCGCUGAGGACGGGAGCUCAGGUGCAAACCGUGAAGAAAUCCGACGCCGGAUUGAACAAGAAGGCUCCGGCGACGGCCGUGAACGCGAGGAAGCUGGACGAGGCGGCGGAGCCGGCCGCGCUGGACAGAGUCCCGGCGGAGGUGAGGCUGGCGAUUCAAAAGGCGAGGAUCGAGAAGAAGAUGACGCAAUCGGAUCUGGCAAAGCAGAUGAACGAGCGGAUUCAGGUGGUUCAGGAGUACGAGAACGGGAAGGCGGUGCCCAACCACGCGGUGCUGGCGAAGAUGGAGAAGAUCCUGGGAGUCAAGCUUAGAGGAAAAUCCAAAUGAGCUAUGGCGGAAUUAUUAUUAUAAGGUUCACGCGUACGUACUUAAUUAGCUCACUGAAAAUAAUGUUCGUAGUGAAUGUAUUCUUGAUGGAUUCGAAUGCUUGUGAUCUUUUGGAAGCCAGAAUCGCUUUGAUCUAAAUGGGAUUGAUGUAAAAAAUCUCAAUUGAUAUG